CAAGAAGUAAACACGCUGCUUUGUAGCUAGUGGUUGUCGCUUUAGCAAACUACUCUAAACCAAACGUUUAAUUCGCUACAUUUUAGUUUAAAAGUUAAACAAACAGUUAUAGUUUCGGUUGAGAUCUGUGUUUUAUUUUUGUCUGCUUCGUAAAGUAAAACUAUGGCGGACGCUUUGUCUGAUGACGGCAGCGACGUGAACCAAGAUGACACUCUGGAGGAUGUUAUGACCCCGGCGGAGCUGAUAGCUAAACUGGAAGAAGCUUGGCUGAAUGAGAAGUUCUCACCGGAGCUGCUUGAGAACAAGUCAGAGGUGGUGGAGUGUGUGAUGGAGCAGCUGAGUCACAUGGAAGACAACCUGCAGCGGGUGAAGAAAGGUGACGCAAAGGCCAGCGUCCAUCGCAUGGAAAUAGACAGGAUUCGCUUUGUGCUCAGCAGCUACCUGCGCUCUCGUCUGCAGAAGAUUGAAAAGUUUUUCCCACAUGUCCUGGAGAGAGAAAAGUCUCGAGGUGAGGGAGAUCCGUCACUGCUUUCACCCGAGGAGUUUGCCUUUGCCAAAGAAUACUAUGCCAACACAGAAACCUACCUGAAGUCUGUAGCGCUGAAACGCAUGCCUGCCAACCUGCAGACAGUGGAUUUGCUCAAAGCUGUGCCUGAGCCCUGCCUGGACUCCUUUGUGUUUCUACGAGUGAAGGAGAGACAGGAGAACAUCUUGGUGGAGCCUGAAACAGAUGAUCAACGGGAGUAUGUUGUAGAUCUGGAAGAGGGCUCUCAACAUCUAAUGCGGUAUCGAACUAUAGCACCACUUGUUUCAAGUGGAGCCGUGCAGUUAAUUUGAACACAGAGGUCUGUCUGUUGGUGUGGAUGUGUUUUUGCUCCAGGAGGUCAGAAAAUGAGCAAUGGCCUAUUUUUAUAACGAAGCAGUAAUGAGGAGGGGGCUCGUUAACCUGCAGCGAUCACAUCUGGAAAUGCACCCAUCAUUGUCACUGUUGUCAGGAUUAAGGACAAACUCGUGGGACACAAACAUUUGUGGCAGCAUGUGUUCAAGACACGUAACUCAGUGGAUAAAUAACAGCAACUAUAAGUCCAUUACUCGUAUUGUCAGAACUGCUUGCUGACGUAUGAACCUUGUUCGCCAAAGCAGCAUUUUAAGUGCUGCGGUGUUAUUUUGGGAUCUCUUUUUAAUCAUGUCACAACCUAAGUUUGGUUACAUAAUGUAAUGUAUUCUAGUGUGUUGGUGUCUGUGAUAGUGCUAAAGUCUUAUCUGCUAAUUCAUUCUGUUACUUUAUCCAGAUGACUCACAUUAUUGGACCUUUUCCCUGCUGCUCAGUAACAAGAAGCCCCCGAAGGUGAAAUUUUAUCACUUCUCUUGGCGUCAUAGUGCGUAGCAGCCAAAGGUGCACGUGUCAAUGUGCAUGUAUGUUUUGAUCGCCAUUUUUUAAAAUGACAGUCACACUCAGGACUCAUUUUAAUGUUUAGAUAACCUCCUGUGCAUGUCCUCCCCUUGACUAUACCAUCCAGAACUGUACAUUAAUUGUAUAUUCUACGCUUUUCAGUUCCCCUCUGCUUCAAAUUUGAAGUGUUUUUUUUUGUUUGCUCCAAAUGAUGUGGAACAUUGUCUUCUCUGAGACAUAAUUGUUGUAAUAGCAUUGUUAUGUAAGUGUCUCAAAGGAAGCAAUCAGUGCUUAUUUUUUGCCCUCACACAAAUUGUCCAGUAUUUGGAAGUAAUAAGGGAGUGAGUGAGAGAGAGAGAGAGAGGGAGGGAGGGGGGCUUUGCAAAUCUCGACAUUGGAAUCUCACUGCUGAUCUCGCUAAUAUGGAAUCCUAUAAAGUGGUAUAUUUAGGAGAUUAGGAAUAAUACACUGAGAUGGUCAUGAUGAUCUGACCAGGAAAGAAAUCAAGUUGGGUUACACACCUGGUAACAUACAGAGGAGCAUUUAGAGGACAUGAAUGCUGUUAUUCAGAGUCAAAUAUUGGAAAAUGAAAGCAGGGAAAUGCUUGGAAUCAGAAAAAUAAAAACUUUUGUAAAUGA